UUAGGCCUGUCGACGCUAUUGGAGACGCAGAAAGGCGACGCUCUCAGAGGGCGUUGGGCGCUAAUAGCGUGUAGGGCUAGGACUUGGUAGGCCUAAGCCGCAUUUUUUUUUUUUUUUGGCUCCCAUUCAUGCCAGCGCAAUUCAGCCCUGCCAUUGGCCUGUGGUGCCGGCGCUUCCCCAAAACCACCCUAGAAGGGCGGAAAGAAACUUUGGCCAGCCUUCUAGCCUCUUUGUCUCUUGUUGGUCAGAUCCAGAGCCAAGGGAAAAAAGACAGAGUCGAGAGCACACACCCCAAGGCCGGCUUUCUAUUGUGCCUUACUUUAUUUUCUUUUUACUUACUCUUAUUGAGCCUGGAACAGGGCGUUUGCUUUCCGACGGCGAGAAUGGCUGGUACACUCUCACACACUCCCCCUCCCCCUAGGGAAGCUUAGAACAAAUGUUUUCUCUAUACGCCGUUAUUCUCUAGAUAUGCGAUAUCUGGAGGCUUACCUGAGGCGGGACCAUUGCGGAGCGAGCUGAGUCUAUU